AUGAAGUGUCUGGACAACUAUCUACCCCACUUCUCUCCCCUCUGGUGGCGCUGCCAGGAGCCAUUAACUCAUACUAAUACGGAUUUGUGCAACCUUAAAUGCCUAGGCGUACGCGCUCUGCCCCUGACUUAUCUUACAGAUGCAACCACGGACAAGCGGUAUGGAACUUCUCGGCUCAACGGCUCUCAACCUCAUUGUAGGGGCGUUGACAUGCGCACUUACCUACAAAGUUAUUGCUCUUCAACGAGAACUGCGAGUAUGAGUCGCUUUUCACCAACCCUGUCAGCAUUGGAUUCCCUGCCCUCUAACCUGUAUUCCAGGCUAACAACCAGAUCGCGGCCGCAAAUGGAUGUCUGCCGCUCAGGAAAUGGAACUCGACUUGGCCACUGGGCCUGGAUCUACUUAUUCAAGCAUUUCGCUAUGACCGUAGGCAGCAGAUUCUCAAAUUCUUCCUCGAUGUCGUUGCUAAAUCUGGCACGACGUUCGAGCAAAAUCUCCUUUUCUCUCGAGGAGUCGACACUAUCGAUCCUCAGAACAUACAGGCGCUUCUGUCGACCCAAUUCGCUGGUCAGUGCUUUACCUCGGACGCUCUUGCUACUACUACUGACGAACGACACUUCUGACUUUGGACUCGGACUGAGACCUCCAACUUUCUACCCCUUGAUGGGAAGUGGGAUCUUCACUCAGGAUGGCAGACACUGGCGGCACUCACGCGAGCUGCUACGUCCACAGUUCAUGACGAACCGGUUCACCAAUUUUGAGCAUAUACGCUGCGCCGUAGACAACCUCAUUUUCACCAUUCCUGAUGACAAAGACGUGGAUCUACAGCCGCUGUUCUUUCGUCUCACUUUCGAGACUACCCUCUUCGUACUGUUUGGGCAACACUUGCCAUCUCUCCAAUCGGAGGGCAUCACAGGCCAGGAAUCGGACUUUGCGAACGCUUUCAAUCUUGGACAGGAGUAUUUGGCCAAACGCGGACGAUUGGGUGACUUCUACUGGCUUCUAGACGGGAGGAAAUUUCGAAAGGCAUGUAAAAUUUGCCAUGAAUUUGUGGACUGUGCUGUACAGAAGGCCUUGGGCUCGGCUACAAACAAGACCCCGGGCACCAAGACAGAGACUUACGUCUUUAUUGAGGCCUUGAUCGAGGAAACCCGGAACCCGGAAGUACUUCGGGAUCAGUGCCUUAAUAUCCUGCUAGCUGGGAGGGACACUACGGCUUGCUGCCUCACUUGGACUUUACGUCUACUUGUCCAGCAUCCUCACGUCCUUUCCAAGUUGCGGGCCGAAAUCAGUGAUAGAGUCGGAAUUGGACUUGGGUCGCCGACGCCUACUAUAACCCAAGUCAGGUCACUUCCGUAUCUCUCCCUCGUCAUCAAAGAAGUCCUCCGCCUCUACCCCUCCGUCCCUGUAAACUCGCGCGCCGCCACCAAAACCACAACCCUCCCCACAGGCGGCGGACCAACAGGCACCGCGCCAAUCCUCGUCCGAAAAGGCGAGGCCGUAGGAUACUGUGUCUACGCGAUGCACCGGCGUAGGGAUAUCUAUGGCGCCGACGCAGACAAAUUUCGACCCGAGCGCUGGGAUAACGAUGCGCUGAAGGAUGUAGGCUGGGGGUAUUUGCCAUUUAACGGGGGACCAAGGGUUUGCCUGGGACAGGAAUUUGCGUUGCUGGAGGUUGGAUACACCAUUGUGCGGUUGCUGCAGACAUUCGAGGUUAUUGAGCAGGCGGAAGGAUGUAGGAUGGAGAAAGGAGUCGGCGACGAGAGGCAGGUUCUUACGUUGGUCGUUUCUUGUGGGGAAGGUUGUGUGGUUCAAAUGAGAAGAUAUGGAGAGGUGUAG